GUUUCACAGUGGAGAGAAAUUGUGAUGUGAAUAUCACAGGGUACAUCAUGAUUUAACCAGCUGUCCGUUCGUUUCUCCCCUGCUGAAUGAACGGCGGCGAGGUCCCGCGUGCGCCGGUUCACGGUUUGUGAGAGGACGCUCGAGGUCCCAGGUGCAGCCAUGCCCAUCUCCCUGCUAUGGGCAGUGGAUGUGUAUGGGCGGGUCUACAGCUUGUCCACUGCGGGACAGCAGUGGGAGCAUUGCCGCGAUGCCCAGAUGGAGUUCAAGCGGGCGACAGCGGCUCAGCAGUGCUGCUGGGGCAUCGCCUGCGACAAUAAAAUCUACCUGAACGUCCACGCUUCUGACUUGCCCGUCCGCUACCAGGAGGAAACCUACGAGAAUCAACGCUGGAAUCCUGUUGAUGGUUUCUCGGAGCGUUUGUUGCCGAGCGACCGCUGGCAGUGGAGUGAUGUCACGGGGCUGCAACACCAACCCCUGGACAGUUUUCAACUUCCCUCUAACAGCUGGGAGUGGGAGGGAGACUGGUAUGCGGAUGAAAACUUUGAGGGAGAGCCCACAGAGAAAGGGGGAUGGACCUACGCCAUUGACUUCCCGGCCACCUACACCAAAGACAAGAAGUGGAACUCCUGUGUCCGUCGCAGGCGAUGGCUCCGCUACAGGAGAUACAAAGCCAUGGACACCUGGGCUAAGAUCCCUUCACAGCGGACGAGUCUACCAGAUCCUUUCAGCGACAUCAGCUGUGGAGGUUGGGAGAUCAAUGAGGAGCCCAGGGGCCGGCUCUCACUGUGGGCCGUGUCCCUACAGGGCAAGGUGUGGUUCAGAGAGGGUAUCUAUCACCACAAUCCUGAGGGCUCUUUGUGGGAGGAGGUGCCGCUCCCUGGGGAGGUCGUCCAGAUCAGCUGUGGCCCAGGGGACCUGGUCUGGGCGGUGCUGUGGGAGGGGCAGUUCAUUGUCAGGGAGGGCAUUGGCCGAGAUUGCCCCAAAGGUGCCUCGUGGGUGGUGGUGGACUCUCCCAGCCCUGAUGUGGGAGCCAUACAUGUGGCUGUGGGAGUCAAUGUUGUUUGGGCCGUGACCAAAGACAACAAAGUGUGGUUCAGACGUGGUGUAAACUCCCACAAUCCCUGUGGCUCUGGCUGGAUCAGCAUGGUUGGAGAAAUGAUCAUGAUCAACGUCGGACUCAAUGAUCAGGUGUGGGGUAUCGGUUGUGAGGACCGCGCGGUGUACUUCAGACAAGGUGUGACCUCCAGUGAGCUCAGUGGGAAAACUUGGAAGGUUAUCAAUAUUCCCCGAGAUGGAGAUCGAUCCCACUCCAGUGCCAGCGCAUCCAGCCUGCAGAGUGCUGGAUGUUACUUCUGUGGUGAGGUGCGUGGUCAGUCAGUAGUGAGUGAUGUGGAAUCAGACACGGAGAAAGGAUCUGCAGAUGCAGCCACCUGCUUUGCCACCUCUGAGUCCCCCGAGUCCUUUGUUGAUGCCCCCACAGAUCACACGUCUGACCAGCCCUCCGACGUCCCCAAACCCCGCAUCCCCAAAGUCACCAGCGACAGCUUCAUCUCCGAACUCGUGUCUGAUCGAGAACCUGCAAAGACCUUAAGAGAUGUCGGAUCUGCCGCUCCCGCUGUUCUGGAGGGGGAGACCGUAUCUGGAGAAGGAGAGGUCAAAGCUCCCUGUACUGAUGUCGCUCUCACCCCCAGUCAGUCUGGAGUUCCUCUUGACCCCCAGUGGAGUAACGUGGACCUGGAGGAGGUACAGGUCCAGCAGGCCCAGACCGGAGCAGUGCUGGAAUCAGCCGACACUUGCAGCUUGUCAUCGGUGGCGACGUACACUCUUGCCGUAGAGGACCCGUAUGGGGCAGAUGAGCAUCCGCUGUGGGCGUGGGUCAGUGGAGGAGGCUGCUCCGUGGACAGUCACUCCCAGCUCAACUGGUUCAACUGCUCAAUGAACACUUCAUCUCUGAUCCAGUCAGUCCAGUCCAUGAGUCUGUCUGUAACCCCGGCCCAGACGGCAGCCUGGCGGAGACAAAUCUUCGAACAACUCAGUGAGAGGACCAAGAGAGAGAUGGAUAAUUUCCGACAUUAUGAACAAGCCAUAGAACAGUCUGUGUGGGUGAAGAAGGGAACCAUGCAGUGGUGGCGAGACUGGAAGCCGCACAAGUGGAUAGACGUUCAUUUUGCCUUAGAGCAGUUCUCAGGGCCAGAGGGCAACAAGGACGGCAUCCUUUUCAUCUAUUACAACUUCUACGAGGAGAAGAAGUACCUGCAUGCCUUCAUCAAUGAGGUCACCAUCCUAGUUCCUGUGCUAAAUGACUCCAAACACACUUUUGCCAUCUACACGCCUGAGCGGACCAAACAGAGGUGGCCGAUCAGACUGGCAGCAGCCACUGAGCUGGAAAUGCACGACUGGCUGGCAUUGCUGAGUGUGUCAUGCUGCGACUCCAGAGCGAUCCAGGGUCCUCCCUCCAAACAGGCCAUCUGGUCCAUCACCUGUAAAGGAGACGUCUUUGUCAGUGAGCCCUCUCCUAGUCUGGAGGCCAUGCCUUACCCGACACCCUGCGACCAAAUGUUCUGGCGGCAGGUUGGAGGUCACAUGCGUGUGGUGGAGUGUAACAGCGUUGGGAUAGCGUGGGGGGUUGGCUUUGACCACACUGCUUGGGUCUACACCGGGGGCUACGGAGGGGGCUUCUUCCAGGGACUCGCCAGCAGCACAGAUAACAUUUACACACAGACUGAUGUCAAGAGCGUCUACAUCUAUGAGAACCAGAGGUGGAACCCCGUCACAGGCUACACCAACAGAGGUCUACCCACAGACCGCUACAUGUGGAGUGAUGCAUCAGGACUCCAUGAGUGCACAAAAACAAAUACCAAACCUCCCUCACCUCAGUGGACAUGGGCGUCUGACUGGGCCAUCGACUACAGUGUCUCUGGGGGGACGGACAGAGAAGGUUGGCAAUAUGCAGCUGAUUUUCCGGCGUCAUAUCACGGCUAUAAAACGAUGAAGGACUUUGUCCGUCGCAGGCGAUGGGCCAGGAAAUGUAAACUGACCACUACAGGACCCUGGCAAGAAAUCCCACCCAUCCCACUGAGUGACGUGACCAUCCUGCCGUGUGCCGCUCAGAGCAGCGUGGACGUGGUUCCUCUGUGGGCGAUCAGCAACAAGGGAGACGUGCUCUGCCGACUGGGAGUCACCGCACUGACACCUGCUGGAUCCUCGUGGCUCCACGUAGGAACUGACCAGCCUUUCAAGUCCGUCUCCAUCGGUGGUGCCAGCCAGGUUUGGGCCAUUGCAAAGGACGGUUCUGCCUUUUAUCGGGGAUCUGUUUCUCUUCAGAGCCCUGCAGGAGACUGUUGGUACCACAUCCCCUCCCCGGCCAAACAGAAGCUAAAGCAGGUGUCUGUCGGCAGGACAUCAGUCUACACUGUAGAUGAAAAUGGAAACUUGUGGUACAGACAGGGUGUGACCCCCAGCUACCCCCAGGGCUCCUCCUGGGAACACAUCUCUAAUAAUGUUCGCAAGGUCUCUGUAGGGCCUCUGGACCAGGUGUGGAUCAUAGCAGACAAGGUGCAGGGCAGCCACAGUCUGAGCUGUGGGACAGUGUGCCAUCGACUCGGAGUCCAACCCAUGGAGCCCAAAGGACAGUCGUGGGACUACGGCAUUGGGGGUGGAUGGGAUCACAUCACAAUCAGAGGGAACUCCAUGGAGCCGCCCCGCAUCCGUCUUCCCUCUCUAACAGACCCGUCCGCCCCGGCCCCUCGGAGCCCCCUCCUGGUCAGGAACACGGAGGUCAACGGCAAUGCUGUGGGAUGCUAGAUGCACACACACAGGCCAAGGUUGCACACAUACUGCGCAUAGACAUCCUCAACUAUAUUAACACAGAAGUAAAGUUUUGUUUAAAACCAUUUCUACUUUUAACGCUGAAGUAGCAGCAGUCACAGUUUAACUGAAACUCCAGAGAGCAGCCUCCAGCCGUCAUGUCACCCGAGUCCGUGUAGCAGACAGUUUAGGUUCUUUAGUCUCUGACUGUUGUUUGUUCUAAGCAUUCGUCUCCUUCGUACGGGCAUUUCUAUUGUCAUUGUCAUUUCUUGCUGUUUCUGAACUUGACGGUCUUAAUGCAUUUUGUUUAUUUAUUUAUCAGGAUGUGAUGUUUCUGUUGGUUGGGUGGUCUCUCUCUUUACCACGUGUAAAGUCAAGGUGAAGGUGGAAGGGUGAGGUUUUUUUUAAAAGAUGUAUUUUAAGAGUUUUUUGUUUUUGUAAGAUAUAUAGAUAUACAUCUAUAUAUAUGGUAUCAUUAGUUUAUUUGAAUUACAGUUGUGUAGCUACUCAGCUGCAGCUCCAGGGCUGGUAUUGUGUACAAAAAUAAAAAUGAUAUUUCAUCUUAGCCUGCAGGCAACAGGUUAAUAACACAUGAUAAAACAGAGUAAAGCCUGAUUACUCUGGACACUGGAUAAAGCAAACAGACAUGUUUGAUCCAGGCGGCUUCUAUUGUCUGUUCAUCAGACACACUGCUGUAUAACUUUAUGACACAGACGGCGGAAAAAACAAAGAUGCAGCUUCUGUUCGUCACCCACAAGUUUCUGACCGGGACUUUUUGUAGCCCAACUUUUGGUUUUAUUCCAAAUUGUGUGUGAAGCUCAGAUGAGCAAGAAGAAACCACCAUGGCUGAGUGUGACGGUUAAACCAUUCCCUUCGUCUCUUUUAAUGGUAGAAGACACGUACUGUAGGAAGGAGUCAAAUUAAGAGCUGCUACUGUUUAUUUCUAGAGGGGAUUUAGAGUUUUACCCAUCAACUUAAAUACAGCUGUGUGUCUUUUUGGAAACCAUCAUGUAGCAGCUGUGACCAGAUCUGCAAUGGCUUACUUUACCUGUGGUGGUUGCUGCUUGCCUUGCACACACAGUUGACUUAUGUUUUAUAAAGAUUUUGAUGUUAUUUUCUUAAAAAAAAACAAACCAAACAUGUUAUGAUUAUUCUGUUACUGUCGUGGAGUAUGUGCAAUGAUUACUGUUGUAAAUAAGGGAAAAAUGUGGAUCGCUUGUAAAAGUCUUGUGGUUGAAAUGCUAAAACUGAACCUUCCUCUUUCUCAGGAGAAUGUUGUCUUGUCGUCUACUUCCUUUGGACUGAUGUUAGCAGAAUGACCGAGCAGUGAGAAAAACACUCGUCAAAAACACUAUAUUUUGUUAUAAAUCUGUAAAGAUAUUAGUAUUAUACAGCAAGUGUCGUGGCUGUUUGCGGUGAUAUCUAAAGGUGGAAUAGUGUUUGACAAAGAGCAAUGAAUUUAAAAUACAGUUUUCCAUUAAGACAUAUUCAUAGACCAUUCACACUGCUGGAUUGCAUCUGUUCAGAUGUUAGUUUAUGUUAACAGCUGCUUAAAUUCACCCAUAUGGUGAGUAACUGUCUAAAUAUGAUGCAGCAUUUGUAAAUGUUAAAAGUGUACAGAGAUCCGUCUGUAUUAUCUGUGAAUAACUAACAUCAAACUGUGUUACUGUGUAGUGAGCAACACAUUAAUGCUGUUGACAUUGUGGAGUACAAUUCUCAAGUGUUAUGCAUGGUCAAAAUAACAGUCCUUGUCAAUAAAUAAACGUGUUUAUUGAUGAUAACUUCUCAAA